GCUUUCUGUGGUUGGUAAGUCUAUGCUUUUUGGAAGUGAAUUUUAAAAGAUGGCAAAGGAGGGUGUUUGUUAUCUUUAAAUAAUUGCUCAACUCAUCCAUACUCUGGGAUUAUGCAGAAUUCAGUUAAUGUAGCUCAGUAAGUCUUUAUUGUUGACAAUUACUUUUCUAAACCAUUAGAUCUGAAAUAAGGUUGUAAUGAAGUGAUGUAUGGGGGCUAAAGCACCCUAAAACAUACCGUAUAGUUAGUAUUUUGGAAUUAACAGUAGUAACAUCUACGAACAUGACACUUGUUCAGCUCUCUGCUGAAGGGUAUCCUAUGUGAGAAUAGUAGAACUGAAGUUUUCUGUGCUCUUAUGUCUGAGUUCUUGAGAGAUGUUUCCCCUUAAAAUAAAAGUAUCAGCACUGUUUCUCUGAAGUUGCUCCACAAGGAGCAAAGCUGAGUUUAAGAUGCUUGUUGCAUAUUGAUGUCAGAUAAGAUGCUAGGUUGUGCUUCUAUCUCCAGUUUUCAGCAAGAAAGAGGGUUGCUUACUGCAAAGUAAAUAGAGAUCUUUAGACUUCCAAACUUAAAAUUUUAACUAGGGGGAAAGAAGGCAUCAGACUAAUUUCUUCCGUACUUUCAUGUUUGUACACGAAGGUGAAGUGAUAAUGCUUUUUGAGUCCGCUAUAAAGCAAAAGUUCCCUUGCUUCCUGCAGGUCAUGCUAGUUAGGUACCUUUAUAUUGCCAAGACAGAUUUCUGCUAUGUGAUAGGUACUUUCUGCUAAAAUCCCAAACCUGUGGCAUUUCAAUAUCCUUGUAGAUAAGAAUUCUCUCUCUGGUUGAGCUAUAUUUGUUGUUUAUGCAUGUCUUAUAUUGCUUGACUCUUUAACCUCUGGAAGUAGUAGGUGUGCAAUAUGCAAGUAAUUUGUUUGAUUUUUUCUUGCUUCAAAACUGAUGAUUGAUCUUAUCCUUAUGUAGUGGAAAUGCUAAGUCAGGGCCUGAAACAAUGAUUGAGUACCUGCUGGGAAGGCAGGUGCAUGCAAUGUACCUGAGUGACCAGAGGAAUGGAGCCAGGAUCCACCCCUUUCCAGACCUCAUUUAAGGGUUGGCAGGGCAGUAGUGGUGAGGGCAUCUCUUGCCAGAGAUCUCUGCCUACCUGAGGCUUUCCAAAUGUGAGCAGCUCUCUUCCUUUAUUUCUGCAUCUGCUGCUGCUGCACUUGAACUUGUUCUUAUUUGCUGCAGCCAAGGACUUUGCCACCCUGCUAUAAUCAUGGUACUUUUCCUCCCAUUUUAGCAUUACACCUUAAAACAGGAUGCUUUUUUUUGCUUUAACAGUUUUUUGUUUUCAAUCACUUAUUUUUUUUUUAAUACUAGUACUAUAUUUAUUUAGGAAGCAAAGUAUUGCUGUUAAGGCAUAUGAGAAGUUAAUCUCUAUUAAGUACUUUUUGUUUGCUCCAGUGUUGCUUAAAUUAACUGAAAGUAUGCAUUUUGUUGUGAUGCAGCAUUUAUUCAUGUAUGGAAAUAACCACUGCUGCUUACACUGAAAUGCCCCUUUUGAGUCCUCAGCUGCCCAAACAGCUCCAUGGGCAAAAUUAAGGAGCUCAGUGAAUAAGUUAAGACAGGCACAAAUUGCUGUAUGGGAGACUGUAGGCCUUCUUUUCCAUAAAGAAGGCCUAAAAUAGAUGGAUGUACUCAAGGAAGUAGGAUAUCCCUCAAAAAAGCUCGCAAGGUAUACACUUGCCUUGGCUAAUAACCUAAACUAAAACCAUUUAAAGGAUCUUAUUUCUUAGUGGCAUUAAAAAAGAAGAGUCAUGGUUAAAACGAAUUUCUAGAUAAUCAGUAGCUUUACAGAAGUUACAGGGAAGAUGAAUGUUUCGUUUUAUUUAAAUCAAGUCAUCUUGCUGUCAGUAGAAAUCUCAGAGGUUCAGCCUUGUGGAAGGAUUUAAAGGCAACACUUCAACAAUAAUCGGAUUAGAAGGACUUGCAUAGCUACAUGGUCUAAAAACCCGAUAAAAGAAACCAAAGUUCAGAUUUGCCACAAAGAAAGGCAGUGAGCUGUAAGGUGCGGAACCUGAGGCUGAUUUUGACAAUUACCUGAAGUAGGGAUGCCUGCAGAUUUCAAUGGUUACUGGAAAAUGAUCAGCAAUGACAAUUUUGAGGAAUACCUCAAAGCACUGGAUGUAAAUGUUGCUGUAAGAAAAAUAGCAAACUUGCUAAAACCUGACAAAGAAAUCCUUCAGAAUGGAGAUCAUAUGAUUAUUAAAACGCUAAGCACUUUUAGAAACUACAUCAUGGAAUUUGAUGUAGGAAAGGAGUUUGAGGAGGAUUUAGCUGGGGUGGAUGAUCGCAAAUGCAUGACCACAGUUUCUUGGGAUGGAGACAAGCUACUUUGCGUACAGAAAGGAGAAAAAGAAGAUCGUGGUUGGACUCAGUGGAUUGAAGGAGAUGAAAUGCACCUGUUAACAGGAUCUGAAAGAAGAUGUCUAUUCUUUUUUUACAUAGCUCUUCAUAGCAUACUCACUCAUCAUUCUGGAUAAAAUACACUAUUCCUGCUGAGAUAAUAAAAGCCAACUUUAAUUUCAUUCCUCUGCUCAGUACUUCCAGCAUUCAACACUCUAAAUUAAUAUUCUCUAAAUAUCCAAAUUAGAAACUGUUAUAAAUGAAACCUGUGCAAAAGUAACCUAAGCCUCUUCUUACUAAAUAAGAAAUAGUGGAAGUCCCAGAAACAAGUUUGGAGAAGGAAUGUAUGUGAUUGACCUUGCCAACUGGACUACAUACUCGAUGUAAUACAGGUAGAGAUGGAAGUAAAUUUAUAGUUGCGGUCAUGGCCUCAACAGAAGUAGAGGUGAAGCAAUGAAAAUGAGACUGCAGAAUUUUCUGUGUAUAUACGUCACAGUUUCAAGUGCAACAGCAGAAGGGAGACCCUUGCUCCUCCUUUUGAGGAAAAGGAAAGAAAAAUGAUCCAACUCCAAGAUGAGAAGAGAUUACAGAUUUACUACAACUGGUAAAAGAAUGUAAGAUAACAAUAAGAGAGUUUCAAUUAAUAACUCAAUUAAUAAUGGGAGAGAGAGGAAGGCUACCAUCACUGCUAGAACCUGGAUGUGCCUCACCCGUCACCUGGAACUGGAGACCUCAUGGAGAACUGUGGAGGAAUAGUAGUUUUCUCAGAGAGUUGGAACUCAUGUGAAACCGCUAACGAGCAUAGGAUCGGGAAGUACAGCUCCACAGUGCACUGUGCCUCAGCACCGAAUAGCCUGCCGCAAGAUGUCAUGAUGUGAAAUACUGAUAAAACCAGUACAAAACAUUCCCUUAAUCUGCAUGUAAACACUACAGCAGUUCCAACUACCUCCCUGAUUAACAGCACUCAGUGCUGCGACCCCAAGCAGCAGCCUUUUCAGGAUCUCUGCUAGCAAAUAGGUUGCAAUUAGCCAGGCUGUGUCCGGCCUUGAAGCUCGGCUUAUUCCUUGCUGCACUUAACCCACAUGAAGCGAUGGCACUAGUUGCUCUCAGAUUUCUUUGGCCUCCAUUUUGGGAAGUCCAUGUUCUUGUGCCCCUGCAAUCAUUCUCUCUUCCUAUUUACUUCUCCCAACACUUUUUUUUUUAGUCUAGACUUCUCCUGUCCUUACUCUGACUCAUGCACUAGCCAUACCACCUGGCCAUGAACAUGCAGGCCAGACCAUUUUCUAUGCUUAAAUCUGUCAAGAGUCAUAUCUGAGAAGUCAUAAAUUCAGAUUCUGGUGCUAGUGUCCCUGUUGCCUAGUGCCACUUUAGGUACCCUAACGUAACCUGACUGAUCUGAUGCUUUUGCUUCAAAAGGCUGUGAAGAGAAUUAUGCCAUACCUGCCAGCACAUACAGGACAUACAUGCACUAACUGACAUUUGUACAAUUUACUGUGAUCUGUCCAUCAUGCACCCAAAAGCCAGUACAAAGUUACUUCAUGCAAAAGAAGUACCCAAAUAUUUUAGAAGUCAAUACUUUAUCACAUUUUAUAUUUCAUGAACUUCAAAUGAUCUCCUCUUUAUUCCUUUGAAUCCUCAUUAAUAUAACUCUCUCCAUUACACAUACAGUGAAACAGUUCCAUUUAGUAUCUUACUUUUGAUCAGCCAAGACUACUGAGCCCUGUACUCCUGAGAGUACUUUGAUACAAUGGGCAGUUACCUCUAAAAAAUUGAUACUUCGAUAGUUUUAUGAUGCUAUUGAACUUUACACAAUGAGCCAAGUGUUAAUUUAAUUCCUUCCACGGUUCUGUAGAAAGUAGUACCACGUCCUUUGGUAGUUUAUCACCUCCUAUUUUUACCAUUUCAAUCUAUGGUCUGUACUUUGUAGUUCUUUCUCCUCCUUGGAUUCUGCUUUAUGUGAGUGACUUAUUUGACCAUUCUCCAUUUCCUUUUGAGUUUUAUUGCCAUUUUCUAUUGUAUUGAUUGCUUCUGCUCUGCAGGUUUUUAUCUCUGUCAGCAGAUCUCUUUGGACUUACUGCACACUCUUUCUUUUGGGUUCCCAAUAUAUACAGUGAACAAAACGAACUAAAAUCACAGUACCAGUCUGCUUGUUUCAUCAAUUCAUCAUGAAGCACCUCCUUUACAACAGACUGGUAACACAUGCCAAUAAGGUUAUUGACCCAGCGUAAGUUCUUCUUAAUAAGUCAUUUUAACGCUUAUCAAGAAAUACAAGGAAAUGUGCACAACUUCCGAGUUAACCAUACCUCCUAUUCCCUCAAAAUAUUCUGACAACUUUAUUUAAGUCUUAUCUUGAAAUAGGAAGUACAGUCCUUCUGCUGUGUCAUAUAUAAUCUUUGUCUAUACACUCCUUAAGAAGUUCCACCAAUUUUCUUCUUCCAGGAAAACCAGUCGGCUCCUCCACAAAUUCCCACAAUGUCUGUGCAACUCAGGUGUAACCUCAACAGUUUCAGUAGUAAAUAAGAUUAAACUGCAUCUUCAGUGAUGUUAGCUGAACAACAGUAGGUCUCAUAAAUCAACGCACAUUCUUAUGAGCAGUUAAAUAUGACCCAAUUAUUAGCAAGCAAAGAUUUUUUAAAACCUUUUAUGGAACACAGAAGACCAGUGGGCAGAGUUAGGCAUCUAAUAUGGUCGAGUUCAGUCAAAGCUCACUGCUGUGCUGUGGUUUAUAGACCUAGCUCAACUCUUCUGUAUGCAAUUACCUGUCCCAUCCUACCCACGACCGCUGCGUUGGUAGAAUGGGCUGUUGGCUCAUUUCUGAGUUUGUAAGUCUGAACUACUGAUCAUCAACAUACAGACUCAGAAUUUGUUACUUAAAUUCAUCCCAAAUACCUUGUUUAUAUGUCCAAAAUAUAGAAUUCUCAUUUCAAAGACCUAAGCAGUUGCACACAGAAAUAAACAAUAAUGCCCCUGGAACACAUUUGGUCUUCUAAGAUCUGAGAUCCCAAAACAACUUCUCUUACUCCACCUUUCUCCAGAAAAUAAGCCCAAACCAGGCGGUACUAUUAGGAUUAAAAAUAGGCUAAAGUAUGUACAAGCUAUACAAUCUAAUUUGAUAAGAAAUUCCAUAUUGAAAUUAAGCUGCACAUAUCCUGUGUAAAAGAUGUAAUUUUAAAAUUAUUUUCUCUCCCUAGGAAAUAAGAGUGUGCGGAGUCAAAUGUAAGCAGGUCUUUAAGAAGGUACAGUGAGCCUACUGCUGAUACAGAAGUGAAGAACAGUAGAAUGUACAGACUUGCCACCAAAUCUCCAAGCACUAGUAAUGAACAUCAUCAGUGAUGAGAGUUAAUACAGAGAUGAAGAUUACAUUAGAACUGUAUAGUCAAAAAUAUUUUAACAAAUUAUUUUAAAGAAAUAAUUGCAAAUAAAACCCCAUUAAAGUUACUAAAUACUAUAAAUGGGUAUGCACGAUAAUUCUUGACUACACCAAAACUGAGGCUGUUUGGUAAAAAACAAGAUACAGGAAUUAAAGGCCAUGUGAGCACGUAUUUUACUUACAGUGAAAAUUGCCUUUCUGUAGCCUUAACGAGGGGCCUUUAUAUAAUCUUAUUUUCAGGCAAUGAAUUGUCAUAGGGAAGUGAGUGAGAACUGCAAUAUGUGGCUGAUGGGAAAUCCUCAUCUCACUGAAGCCAGUGAGAAUUUUACCACCAGCUCCAAUGGAGCAGUACUUCACCGAAAGUAUUCCACCAAAAUUGAAGAUUUGAUUUCUUAAAUUAAGUAAAGUUAUGGAUCAAUAAUCUGGAAAAACAGCAAUUACAGAAUUAUGACCAAGAGGCAAUUCCUUUCUAAAUGCCUUAGCCAAUGACUGUCUAUUCGUUUUCUUUCUUAUUCUGAUGAAACUAACAGUAAGGUUAUUGCUAGUAACUAUGCAAUUGUACUCACACCGUACAAAAGUGAUAGCUAACAUUGCUUUGUACAAUACAAUUUUCAGAUUUUAUUAGGACCCAUCAUUGUGCUCAUGUUCUCGUGCAACAUACAGAAAAGCACUCAACAAGUACUUUAUACUAAACAGUCUUACAAAUUUAAGAAGUAAGAUGUCCACUAAUUUAGGAGGCCCCUCAUGGAAAGGGCACUUCUGAGUCUUAUACUUUUUCUUCCCUUCACCUGUUUUCAACUUAAUUUAGCAAUAAUCAUUUAGUGUGAUCCUCAACUGUUUUAUUCCUGGUUUGUGUGAUUAUUCACCACCUGAUCUACCCCUGCCAUUACAGCAGAAAAAAAAGAAAAGCACUAAGUCAAGAUGUAGAAUUAGAACAUCAAAUGAUUAAGGAGUAAGACCUGCACAAGACCAAAGAAAAUCCAGAAGGAUUCUAAAACCACAGAGCAAAUGCAAAGGAUCAGGCAGAGAACUGAAACCCUUCAUAGUAACGUGAUCUACAGAGGAAAUAGGCUGCUCUCUUAACAGCAGGAGAAUAUUUUUUGAACAAGUUGAUUAUGUAGUAUCUAAUGGUGCAACCUGUAUAGAUGAUAUUUUCAUUUGGAAAUUGCUGUGGUUUUUUUCUGUUUGAUAUGAACAAGUCAAAAUAUACACAUUAAUUUUAGUGGGUGCAAAUAUGAGUAUAAAAUAAUUAUCUCAGUAUUUGAAGAUUAAAUGAUGUGAGAAAAAAUCUAAUCAGACCUAUACAAAAUACAUGUAAGCCUAAGAAAGGGCUGUUAAUUUUUUAUUUUAUAUAUAUUAGAUAUUUUAUAUUUUUAUUCUAGAAAUCCAGGGUAUCUUAAUAGAUAACAAAAUGUUUUACACAGACAAAGGAAUACAAAUCAGAUUGCAUUAUCUGAAGAGGUAGUUUUAACAUUAAUUAAUAAUAUGAAAUGUAUGGUAUUAAUUGUGAAAUACCUUUAAUGCCAUUAAAGAAUUUAAUCUUCAGAUAUAUUCUGCAGAAACACAUAUGCAGUACACCAGCUUUUGUGAUUUCCACGUACUUGGACAAAGAUUAUACCACAAUGUUCUCCCAGUCUUUUCUCAUCUGUGGCUCAAGCCAGAAGAUACUAUCUCAGUACUUAAUAACCUUCACCAUAUUUUUCAUAAAAAUCUCAAGUCAUUUUCGAGAUCAAUGCCAAUAUUUAGCAAACAGGUGUUUAAGAAAUAUCUCUUUCUGUUUGCUUGAACCUGCUGCCUUCUGUCAUGAUGUAAUUACUCCUAAUUCUUGUACUGCAAGAGAUAGGAAAUCACCAUCCCCUCUUUCUGCCGUGACGCUCAAAUUUCUGUACCCCGAGAAUCGUGGUAAGAUAAUCGCUCUAGCAGAAUCUGAGUCACCAGGUUGAUUCUAAAGUAUAAAUUUGAAUGUUUUAAUUCCUAGAAGUCUUUUUAAAGCAUCAGAAGACCACAAUACUCCCAUUUCAAUCCAAGCCACACGGACUAAGAGCAUCUAUUCCAGUCUAAUCCAUCCAUAGAAACCACAACAGAAAUAAGAGCUAAGAUUGCAGUCUGCAUUUAUGCAACUGUGAAAGAUGGGAAAUAAUUGCUUAGAGUGAUCUGUGCAACAUUUUUAAAAUGAGCUGUCUGAAUGACAAAUACCAUAUAACAUGAAGGUGUGUUAGAUUUCUAAAGUUUCUUAUAUGAGAUGGAGCAGAAGUGAGUAACAGUCCACUAGCAUGGUAUGAAAGGUGCAUUCCAGGAGAUACAUCCACUUUCAUCAAUGUCUAUCAUUUGAUCGACUCCACUAUAUUAAAUUUUCUAAGCGGACAGUAAAGGAAAAGAGUUCUCCAGCAAAACAUUGAUAAAACUUUCCUAGCACGUACCGUAUUGUGUUGUUUCUUGGACAGUAUUGUCUGUAAUCAUGUAAAGGAUUUAUGGCCACUCAUCUUCUAUUAGUAAAACACUUCCUCUUAGAAUAGUACCUAUGUGCUACUGCUAUUUGUACUUCAAGAAAAUUUUCAACCUCAAAGCAAAUGUUUAUUUAAGUAAUUGACUCC